UCCACUCAUAUACAUGGAGUUUCAUUCCAUUCUAUCCAAGUGGGUUUCCCUAUCUGUAUGAUGACUCCAAAGUAUGUAAAGAGGACUAUAUUUAUUCCUCCUCUCCACCAUCUGUGUUCUGACAGGCAAUGAAAAUGAAAAGCAUUUAUUUUGUGGCUGGAUUGCUUUCAAUGAUCAUUCAAGGCAGCUGGCAAAAUCCUCUUCAAGACACAGAAGAGAAAUCCAGAUCAUUCAAAGCUUCCCAGACUGAACCAUUAGAUGAAUCUAGACAGCUGAAUGAAGUAAAACGUCAUUCACAAGGCACAUUCACCAGUGAUUACAGCAAGUACUUGGACACUAGACGAGCUCAGGAUUUUGUGCAAUGGUUAAUGAGCACUAAAAGAAGCGGACAACCGGCACUGGAGGAAAGAGAGAAUGAAAAAUUCCUGGACCAGCUCUCAAGCAAUGGACUCUCGAGGCGUCAUGCUGAAUUUGAGAGGCACGCCGAGGGCACCUACACCAGUGACAUCACUUCUUAUUUGGAAGGUCAAGCUGCCAAAGAGUUCAUUGCUUGGUUAGUGAACGGACGAGGAAGAAGAGAUUUCUCAGAAGAAGCUAAUGCAGUUGAAGAACUGGAUAGAAGACAUGCAGAUGGCACUUUUACCAGUGAUAUCAACAAAAUCCUCGAUGAGAUGACUGCUAAAGACUUCUUAAAAUGGCUGAUUAACACAAAAGUUACCCAGAGGGACCUUUUGGGGGAAUACCAGUGAAAGUACAAAAUAAAUAUGGGACAAGUCAAGAUCUUCUUCACUGCAUCAGCUGCUGGUCACCAGGGAAUUCUGAAAUUUGUGUUCUAUAUAUUAUAUUUAUAAGCCAUAUUGCUUUGCAUGCCAAGAAAUGAAUUUUACUAUAGUGUAGCAUUGCCAAAGGAUUAUAUAUGAAAAAGUUGUUGUCAAAAGGACACACAGAGUAACAGCUUUAAGAAUACUAAAAUGUCUCGUCUUCAUAUUUUUCAAUUAUUUAGGGCCAAAAUAUCUCUCUUUACAUUUAGCAAUGAAAUUAUUUUUCUAUGAAGUCGACCUAUACAUAGGAUUGAUUCCAAAUACCAAAUAUCUGCAUUAUUAGAAAGGGGCUGGUAGUCACAAAUGUCUCAGAAUUGAACUUCCCUCU